ACAGGCCUGACUCGCAGCUACAGCACGGUCAGCGUGUGUGCGUGCGUGUGUGUGUGUACUGUGCCAGACGUAGAGUCUAUCUCACUCUGUGGACACAUUGCUCCGAUAGACGCUCACUGUGGGAAUUUAAAUGGAGCUGCUGCACACUAAGAGCUUCAGUCAGAUAAUCUGACACUAUUAAAAACAUAAAUAUAUAUGUACCAUUAAAUGGUCAGCGUCAUGGUGGGUUUAAAGACAUGAAAGAUGUGGUGUUUUCUGAUUCAUGGUGUGUUUAAGGACCUUUAAACUGAUGUUUUUCUGAGUUAUCUCCAUGUGUCUUCAGGCUUCUGUGUAUGAUGAUGCUGCACUGUGCGGCUCGGGCUACAGUUCCAAAGCUCCCUCUGAAUACAGCUGGUACUCCUCUGCAGCCAGCUCCACCCGCAGCAGCCCUGUGUCUUCCUCUGAUGAAGACACAGUGAGCAGUGUGUCUCAGGAGCGAGGCAGCAGAGGUCGCAGAGACAGUGUGUUGUCUGAUUUCUCUGACAUCAGUGAGUCAGCAGCAGAUUAUUUCAGUCGCUCUAACAGACGAGGCAGCGUGGUGUCAGACCUCGAUGAUCUGAUGGUCCCUGACCUUGACGCAGUGAGUCAGUCAGGGGUGAAGGUUUAACUGUGAUGAAGGUUUAUUAAUUGUGAUGAAGGUUUAUUAACUGUGAUGAAGGUUUAUUAACUGUGAUGAAGGUUUAACUGUGAUGAAGGUUUAUUAACUGUGAUGAAGGGUU